GGAGGGACUCGGGCCCGCAGUGUCUCAGGAGGUGCCGCUGAGGAACGAUGGGGUCGUCUUUUGAGAGCUGUGCAGGUUCAGAGGAUUUACUGUAGUACAGAAGUUUCUCUCUAAAUUUCUGGAAAUUCAAAACUGGCCGUGACGGUAAAGAAUGGCGAAAGCUGGAUUCAUCGUAAAAGGCAUUCUGAGGCUUGUGGGCCUGAUGAUGGUGUGUUUAGGUGUCCUUGCAAUUUUCCAUCGCUUUUUAAACCAGCACAAUCCGAAAGAUGAUAUAUGGAAUUCGUAUGUGGUGGAUCCUGAGAAAAUAAAGGACGCCCAGGAAUAUGCUGAAAAAGUGUUGGGAGAAAAAUGCCGCCUGUCAUUUGCUCAUCAAAAAAUGGCCAUUUUGUUUCCUCACAAAUAUGACUUGAACCUAUCUCCUUUCCUGAAGAGAAAUUCUGGGUUAACUGGCAAUGUGUUCAAAUACCACCCCCCGUUUGGUUUCAAAAAACAUAAUCUUACGUUUUCUGAACUCAUUGGCCUCCUGCCUAAAGUGUCAUUGUCAGAAGAACUAGAAAGAAAACCCUGCAAGCGCUGUGUUAUCCUCGGAAGUGGUGGAAUACUACGGGGAUUGGGCCUUGGACCAUAUUUGAAUACAUUUGAUGUUGUCAUCAGGUUGAACAGUGCACCAAUUCAUGGAUUUACUCAGGAUGUUGGCAACAAAACAACUAUACGAAUGAGCUACCCAGAGGGAACACCCAAAUCUUUACAUGACUAUGAUCCUCACAUGCUCUUUGUUGCAGUUAUGUAUAAGGGUGUUGAUUUCAGUUGGUUAAAGGCUAUGGUCAAAAAAGAGGAAGUGCCAUUUUUUGACAGUCUCUGGUUCUGGAAAGCAGUCCCAAGGAAACUCCCAAUCGAACCAGAACAGUUUCGAAUCUUGAACCCAGAGAUCAUCAGAGAGACGGCGAUAGAUCUGUUGCAGUUACCUGAACCUCGAUGGAAGCUGUGGCGAUGGGACCAGAAUAUUCCUACCUUAGGAGUCAGCGCUGUUGUUCUGGCUACGCACUUGUGUGAUGAGGUCAGUUUGGCGGGAUUUGGAUACAACCUGGGUGAACCAGAUACCCCCUUGCACUACUAUGAGAAUGUCCGGAUGGAAGCUAUGAAAGCUCAAACUAUGCACAACGUGGAGACGGAGAGGAAAUUUCUGGCAGGUCUGGUUGAAAAAGGUGUUGUGACAGACCUCAGUGGAGGGAUUCACUGCAAAUUUUGCAAGUCCAAGAGCUAGCAGGAGCUUCCGAAAAUGACUUAGCAAAACUAAGUCUUUUCAGGUCUGCUAGCUAAGGCCAUUUCAGUGUUUAUUGCCAUAGAGGAAAGUUUUGUGUUUUUUGCAGAACUACAUGUGGUAUUGCUGCUGAAAAAUGUAACAAAAAAUAAUUCUCUCCCGCCAACCCCAUGAUCUGUUCUUAUUGAGUGUUGAAUUGGAGUUAGUUAUGUUAAUUAAGUUUUUGCUAGCAUAUUUUUUGAGCCUGAAAUUGUGAUAAUGUUACAUUGCUUUGUUCUAACAUUCCUGAGACAAUCUU